AUGAAAAUAAACGGCAAAAAACGGUUAACUGAAAGAGAAAAGAUGGAAAAACGAGAACGCAAACGUCAUCUACGGCAGGACCGUCUGCUCAAUCGUGUAAAACAGGAAUUUGAGACACUCGUCAAGGAAAGAGCAUGCACGGCGAAGGUGGAAGUUAUCCCCGUUGGUGAAGCGGAACAUGUUUCCACGAUCAGCAUCGCCGUACCGGGUUCGAUCAUGGAUAACGCACAGUCCCCCGAACUGCGGACAUAUCUGGCUGGCCAGAUAGCACGAGCCGCUUGCAUAUUUCAGAUCGACGAGGUGAUCGUUUUCGACGACUGUGGUCUAAGCAAUCAGGUUACAGAUCGGUUAAACACGAUACAAACAACUGAAGGGUCAACCGCUGCGCGACGCUGUUGCAUACAGCUUGCCCGUAUCCUGCAAUACCUCGAGUGUCCGCAAUAUCUUCGCAAGUACUUUUUCCCACUACACAAUGACCUCAAGUUUAGUGGAUUGUUAAAUCCGCUGGAUUCCCAGCACCAUCUACGACAACAAAGUGAGUUUGUAUUCCGCGAGGGAAUCGUCACGAAUAAACCUACCAAAGGCAGUAAUGCCGGUUCUUUCGUGAAUGUUGGACUCCUAAAUGACGUGUUGGUGGAUAAGACGCUAGAGCCAAACUUGCGUGUUACGGUAAAAAUGCCUGUGUGUGCAGAUUUGAAAUCAAAGAAGAUACGAGCAAAGGUAGUUCCACCUUCACAGCCCCGUCAAGAAACAGGUAUCUACUGGGGGUACACCGUUCGAAUUGCGAACUCUCUAUCAGAGGUAUUCACGAAAAGUCCAUACCGUGGUGGGUAUGAUAUGACCAUCGGCACUUCAGACAGAGGUACGAACAUACACGACUUGGAACCAAGAAGUCUUUCAUACCAACACGCACUCAUCGUCUUCGGGGGUGUGCUUGGUUUAGAACCUGCGCUUGAGAACGACCAGAAGCUAACGGUUGAUUCAGUGCAGGAUCUGUUUGAUGAAUUUGUCAACACCGUUCCAACGCAAGGUUCCCGCACCAUACGCACGGAGGAAGCUAUUUUGAUUUCUAUGGCGACAUUAGGCGACAAACUUAAGCCCGUCAAUGCUCCCAAACCUUUCACCAACUUUGAUGCCAUCCCACAAAGCCAGGACACAGGCAUUAAACAGUACGCUUUCAAUGAAAAGCGCACCAAAAUAGAUGCUACGGGUGCAUUGAAAAACGCGAAGUCUGUAGCCAACUUAUCCACUCGGUCACUAUUGCCAAACCCUCCGACCGUCGACAAGUACGGUGAUAUGUCACGUUUCGAUUAA